AGACUUGGGGGAGGCCAUCACUGGUACAAAUUGAAGUUUGCUACACAUUCUAUUACUUGGCACAGGUAGAAGGGUUAAAGAAGUACUAAAAAUGUCGAAGGACUAUGUUUUGCUGCUUGAUUUCUGGGCCAGCCCGUUCUGCAUGAGGGCAAAGGUUGCCCUUGCAGAAAAGGGCGUGGCCUAUGAAGCAAGAGAGGAAGACUUGUUCGGUGGCAAAAGUGAGUUGUUGCUAAAACCAAAUCCUAUUUGCCAGAAGGUGCCAGUGCUGUUCCACAACGGAAAGCCACUCUGCGAGUCCACCGUUAUAUCGACGAGACCUGGCCUUCUCCACUGCUCCCACCUUGUCCUUACGCUCGAGCUCAAGCUCGUUUCUGGGCAGAUUACAUUGACAAAAAGGUUACCAACUCUCUGCUACAAUACAUGGAGUAGCAAAGGAGAGGCACCGGAGGAAGCUAAAAGGGAGUUCAUUGACAUCUUGAAGCAACUAGAGGGAGAGUUAGGAGAGAAGGAUUUCUUUGGUGGGGAUGCAUUUGGUUUUGUAGAUAUCCUACAUUCCUACUGAUCCCAUUGACUAGCUGGUUCUUGGGCGUUGAGAAGCUGGGGAUGUUCAAGGUGGAGGACUAUUGCCCCAAACUGUAGGCUUACAUCAAGCGGUGCACGCAGCGGAGUACUGUUGCCAAAGUUGUUGCAGACUCAGAAAAGGUUCUUGAAUCUCUGCUCAUGUUCAGGAAGAUGCAGGGGAUUGACUAAUCAAAGGCUUUGGUUUGGAUCAUGCUGGCAUUUCGUUUUUCCAUUGCUCCCAAUAAACUCCUUUUCUUUCUGUAUGGGGAGAGAUGGCUGGAUCUAAUUUUUUUCUUUUGCUUUUGAGUUUUAUUGAUGCUGUCUUACAUGUAAUUUCUUUUGGGCAUAAAAGCAUGAGAAAUGCUACCGACUCGCUUGCCCUCUCUUUUCAAGUUUUUUCUGUCUUGAAGUUUUGGAAAGAGAUUAAGAAUUAUUGGCCAGACAUGUAAAUUAUUAAAUAAAAAUAUGUGGUUUUA